AUUAGUUUCCCCAUCCAUCGCUCUCAUCAUCACUUAACGUUUUUCCAUUAAACGGGGUUUUAAUUUCCACCGGCUGUAGUUCGAUCGUUUGUUAAGAAAUGGCCGGCGAAAGGUCACCCUUGUUAAUGCACGUCUUUGUCGUGGUGGCGCUGCUGGCGGCGCUACUGGCGCAUUGUACGCAGGCGCAGUUGAGUUUCAGCACCGGCUGGGGUCACGGCAAACGUGCCGACCCCGCGCUGGACCGGGACGCGGCCAACACUCUUAUUACCAAUGAUUCGCGGGCGGCCGGCGUCUUCCGCUACCCGCCGGCGGCGUUCUGCUCGACACGCUUCAGCCAGAUCCGCCUCCUGCAAAUCCAGCAGUUAUUACAGGAUGAAAUCGAACGGCAGAACGCCUGCGGGCGACUCUCACACCAACCGGAUGUGGCCAACAACAACCUUUAACCGAUCCUUUAACCGGCAUUUUUUUCCGCCGAUUUCUCUAUAUUUAUAACAUAUUGAUGAUGCGUCAAUAUACAUUUAUUGGCCUGUCCAAUCAAUCACACGCCGCUGCUGCUGCAUAUAACGAAAUGGAAUUAGCCGAAUAUUCCCCAGAUAUCUGGCUCACAUUUUUCCCGGCAAUAUCCUCGCUACGAUUUUUCUACGCGUGACGUAGAUAUUUUCUAUUAAUUAUAUAUGAAUUAUUUUUUGCAUAUUUAUAAAUCGAAUUAUUUAUAAACUGCACAUCACGGCGAUAACGUACAGUACACUGGUUUCUACUUGGCCCUUCGCUUUUUUUUUACUGCGCGCUAUAUAUAUAGAUAUACACAGCUGCUACAUUUAAUUAAUUUUAUGGUUAAUUAUUUUAACAAAUAUAUUGUUGUAUUUUUUUGCAAUUUUAUCAUGCAAUUUUUUGUUAAUAUACAGACUGUAUAGUACAGUUGUUCGGCAGCAUGGUCACACGUGGAACGUUUACAGAAACACGUAUAGUGCAGAAAUAAAAACAGGAAUUGUUUUUUACGUGGCGAAUAAAAUUUAUAUUAUUGUUAAAUUAACGAGAGCGGCGCGGUUCCGCUGUAUUUAUUUGCGAUUUAUUCGUUGGAAUUAUGUCGAUAUAACGCACGAAUUUUAUUUUCUACUCGUCUAUGCGCUUAUAUUGCUUUUAUUCCUUCGUGCAUAUCGUUGUGUUAAUGUUCUCGCUGUAGAGAACAAUUUCUUCCGGCUCAAAUGGAUCAUCGGGAAUCUAUUAAUACUUAAGCGCAAUUUUAUGACCUUUCUGUGGAUUAAAAUAUGGAUUAAUUUGCGCUUAUACGUACUGUGGAAAUUGCUGGUUAUUUUACACUGUCAUUUAUUGCGAUGGAGUACGUGUUAAUUAAAGCAACCACGGACGAAUG